GCUUCCAAUCCAGAUGGCAAUAGCACGGAGGCCCCAAGCAUGCUGUGGGCGUCCAUUCAGGAGGUGCCAGUCAUCAUGGCACAACCCUUCUUCGACGGCUUUAAGGAGGCCACGGUGGUAAAGGUGGAAGACGAAGUCGUGUGCACAGCGAGAAGCCAGGAGUUUGAGCAGCUUACCAGCUGGGUCCGGCGGGAACAGAGCCAGGUGCACGAGAAGCUGGAUGUCAAGUUCCAGAAGCUUCACUCCUUGUUGGAGGGUUUGAAGACCUCGCGGCAGGGUCCGGCAGCGGCAGAAGUGGCGGCUCCAGCGACGGAGCCCUUUGCCAGUGCCUCCGCCCCCUCUCUCUCCGGGUCGCCUGGGAAGGCCUUGCGCAACUCUCGGCCCAAGCAGGACCACCCGAGCGUCAGACACAUGCUGGAGGAGUUCCGAACGUCCCAACUCUGCAUGGUCGAGGAGCAGCAAACCACCAAGAGCAUGAUCGAG